CAUUUAAACUGAAGAAAACAAACUUCAAAAGGACAAGCAUUUUUUAAAUUAAUUUUAUAGCAAGUAAAUAAAAAAACUGUGGCCAUGUCCAAACUAAGUGAAAAUUAUUAUCUUAGAAAUCAUUACCUUGAAACGGAACAAGUACCAACUCAGACCGUUAUUAAAGAGAGGAUGACACCCCCUCUCGCGAACGUUUACUUUAAAUCCAUGACUCCGAAACUGAAGGUACUUGCUGGCCUCGAACCAGCUAUGAAGGGAGGAGGUAGUGACUGGUUCGUACCGCCGGAAGACUUGCUAAAGGGAAGGGCUGUGAUGAAGCCCAUAAAAAAACAAUAUCUAAAAAAACUAGGGUUCAACGGUAUUGAUAGCUUUGGAGAUAAGCUCGUUCGAGAUCAUCACAAAGCAAUGGAAGAAGAAAAAUGCAGACUUCUUCUGGACAGCGACUUGAAAUGGAAGGAAACUGUAGAGGCCACUUGCAGCAGGCAAUCAGACGACACUGCGAGAGAACAAGCUAAACAAAAUACAGCUAAGAUUCAACAAGCUUUCCACGAAUUCAGCACAUUGUACGCCACGUCCAUAAACAAUGUAGAAAGUUUGCUUUUUGAUGCUGCGAUAAAAGAGAUAGAGCGCGUGAAAGAGGAAGCGUUUAUAAAAAUGUCUGAACAGUUUGCGGAGCUUCUCAAACAACAAGCGACUAUGUUGUACGACAGGUACGCUGUUAGACUUCUAAAAGAAAAAGCUAGACAAAAAGACCAAUUUGUUACCACCGUCGAAAUUGCUCGAACGGAGUUAGGCAAUAAACUUCAUGAUAUUAAUGUCGAGAAGGUUACUGCUAUAGAAAGGUUGCGAGCUCUUUUAGAAUGUCAGAAUUUAGCGUGCCAAGUGUAUGUAGCUCUAAAAGAACGAGAAGAGUGUGAAAAGCACAUGGAAAAGUCUAAACAUGAACAUAAAAAAACUGUUAAAAUUAUGUCUGAACAAAUCCAAAUGCAAGAUUACGAAAUUCGACUCGCAAAAGAAAAAGAAGUGAAACGACAAAAUUUCAUAAAGAUGUGGCAAAAAAAGGUAUGCUGUGUGGUAAAAAAAAUUCAAGUAUUUGCAAAAUAUUGUUUGAAUACAUUGCCGGAACACGCCGAUUUUUUUAUAAAUAUGGAAAGGCUAAUGCUUUUACAACUCAGCGAAGCUAUGGAAAAUCCAAGUGCAGAAAGCAUUUUCGUGCCAGAAGAACCAACUUUCCAUACUCCUGUACCCAAGCCACAUCCAUUCUUCCUUUUUUGCGAUAAAGGAUAUAAGCCACAAUUAGACCAAGAACUCUGUCCGAAGCAUUGUACUUCUAGUGCGUCACAGUUUCCAGUUAUUGUCGUCAACAAACGGUAUAUCUACGCAGCUUGCGAUAAUAUUGAGACCUUUACUGAAAAAGUGAAACAAUUCCUUGAUGGUCAUCGCGGAGACGACGUUGACCUCAUUGAUGAUCAUGAUUACAAAUAUGACAUACCCGUCAAAUGUACAUCAUCUGAUCAGUUACUUCAACUUAAAUUAGAGAGCUCUUUGAUGCAAAUUUUACAAAAUGAACUUCCAAUAGCUGAAAACGUACAAUCUGUUUUUGAGCUAACUAGCUCUAGUGAAACUGCACCGAUUUCACCUCAACAAGAAGAAACAACUGACCCAGAACUGAUGAUUUCAAAGGAUUACGGUCAAGAAAUAAAAUCGAGGGACGAAGAAUUAGAACACCAACGCGAACCUAAAUGGGAUAGUUAUCUAAAGUACAUAAUCCCCAAGCGGUGUAAGUGUGCUAAAAAGGCUAAAAAACAUUUAGAAGAACAUCUACCAGUUUAUAUGCGAAAUAUGUCUCCAUUCGAUGAACCAGAUUUGCCUCAUUAUGAAACUUGUACAGUUGAUAAACUUAAAAAAUUAGUAAAGAAUGCACAAAGAAGGCCAUCUCCACCGUCAACACCUGUGAAAGUAGAAUCAAAGACAAGGGAUAUGAGCACGCAAUACUCUGACCAAGAAUUUGAAUUUAUAUGUUCUUGUUUUUCGGAUGAAGAGGUAGAAAAAGUAAUUCUAGGGUCUAAACUGUUCACCCAAGAAGCUGAAACGCAAUUCAAAGUUGUGGACGGUUCUCUUUCUUCUACAGACCUUCAAAAAGGUGAUAGUUCCUUCGCUUACGACAGAGCACACUCUUUAAGACGCUUGAUUGAAGCAGCACCAGAAUUAGAAGAAUUAUUCCAGAAAAAAGAUUGCAAUUUUUAGAAAAUUCUAUUUGAUUUUACAUAUUGCCAAGUUAAAAGAACUGAUUUUCAUAACUGACACUAUAUUAGUAAAUAAUACAAAUUGUAAUGGGUAUAAAAUUGAUUUGAAGAAAAUCAAACAGUGUGACUUGAAAAGUUGUAAACGAUAAUUUUGGGGAUACGAAUGGAAAAUACGAAU